AUGAACUUAUCUAUCCCUGAACCCCUAACACCUCCGUUGCAUUUCAGUACUGUUCAAGAUAAUUUGUAUCGAGGAGCUUACCCUCGAGAUGUUAAUGUUCCGUUUUUAAGAACCCUUCAACUCCGAACCAUAGUGUCGUUGACUCCGGAGCCCAUAUCACCAGAAUCUGAUCCCAUACUAUAUGAGUUUUGUGAAUCAUAUAAUGUCCAACUAGUUCAUUUCGAAGUAGGUCUGGGAGGUAAGGGGAAGAAAAGAGCCGUUCCUAUUGGCUAUCAAGAUGUCCUACAAAUCUUGGAUUACAUUAUCCAUGCCAAAUAUGCUCCACUCUAUUUGCAUUGUGUUAACGGAGGUCAGAUCACUAGCUUGGUGGUAGCAUGUCUUAGGAAACUUCAAUUCUGGAGUAGUAUCACCAUCUUUAACGAGUUUAUAGAUUUCACCACAAACAUUACUGUCAACGAUAGAAGUUUUGUUGAAGGGUUCUCGGGGGAUAUUCAUAUGGAUCCUCAGGACAAACCUUCUUGGUUAUGGGCUGGCUUUGGUCAUGGUGUAGCUGCCAGUCAUCCAGCACUUCGAAUCAUUGAAUCAAGUCCAAAGGAAUCUUCUCCUGAAUCUGAUGAUGGAAUAGUAGCCCUAUAA